CCGGUUGUCAUUCCCAAAGGAGGAAGAGGGUGUGUUACAAAUCUACCUGUUCACCGGCACCUGGUGCGUUUGUUCCAACUCUUUCAUCUACGAUUUUGUCUUUCUUUCAGGACGGUAAACGCUGGCUUCACUCAGGCGUAAAACGGAGAAGGCGUUAAAGGAUGCUAAGAAGAUCCUGACACGUGGCUCCAACAUGAGUGUGACAUCAUGGUUCCUGGUCAGCAGCUCGGGCACACGCCACAGGUUGCCCCGGGAGAUGAUCUUUGUUGGCCGGGAUGAUUGUGAGCUCAUGCUGCAGUCUCGCAGUGUGGACAAGCAGCACGCUGUGAUCAACUAUGAAUCAAACACAGAUGAGCACACGGUAAAGGACCUGGGCAGCUUAAAUGGGACAUUUGUCAAUGACCUCAGGAUCCCGGAGCAAACGUACAUCUCCCUCAAGUUGUCAGACGUCAUUCGCUUUGGUUAUGAUGCUCAUGUGUAUAUUCUGGAGAAGAGUCAACACAAGGUCCCGGAGGAGGCUCUGAAACAUGAGAAGUACACCAGCCAGUUGCAGCUCGGCAUCAAAGCCCUUGAAGCAAAGACAAAGGAAAAACAGCAGCUACACGGCUCAGAGAAGAGCAGAGACUCUGUUUCCAGUGUUAAACAUCAAGACAGAACUGAGCGUAGGGCACAGUCACUCACAGCUGUCACAGAUUCUCCAAUAUCCAAGCCCACUCCUCUGUAUGGCCAACCAUCGUGGUGGGGGGAGGAUGAUGACCCGGCCAAAACAAAGCUGAACAAAAGUGGGAAAAUGUCUGAACCAGAGUCUCCAGAGCCUGGUAAAGAUGAACCCAGCUAUGAGGCCAAUGGUUCUCUGUCAGAGAGUCAGGCCAAGUCCAUGUACUCGUACCGGAGGGAACCAAGCUACUUUGAGAUCCCUACAAAGGAAUUCCAGCAACGACCUACCAAGAAACCUGAGUCGCAGGUUCACGAGGUUCCAACAAAGGACACCUCAGAUCCCAUUCAGUGUGUCCCCUCUACUCCCACACCCCCUGUGGUCCAAAGCCAUGCCUCAUUCACUAUUGAAUUUGAUGACUAUACACCAGGUAAAAUGAAAAUUAAAGACCACGUGACCAAGUUUGCCUUCCGCCGGAGACAGUCUUCAACAGACGUUCCCACUACACCUACAGAGGUGAUGUCAGCGGAAAAUAAAGUUGCUGAUUGGCUGGUCCAAAGCAAUGCUACUAUGUUGAGGAGGAAAUCACAAGGGGAGGACAUGUAUAGUAUCAGCAGUGACCCAUCAGUUCUGCAGAAUACCAAAGCAAACCACAGAAAAGACGGUUCUCGCAGUGAUUCUGGGCAUCAGCCACACAGUGGCAAGGAUUUGGAGCAAUCAGAAUCAUUGACUCGGUCCCAGGUUUCGCCACAAACCAUGAGAGCCUCCCCACCACAACGCUUUUCCACUAUGGACUUUGAAGAGCCCCAUUCUCCAGCAGACUCUCAGUCUCUUUCCAGUCACGGGAAAUCUGAGCCUCACCAAGCCUUUGUCAUUGAAUUUGUUGAGGAUAACCCAAGAAAGAAGCGCUCUCAAUCCUUCACUAACGGCAAUGCCCCACCUGAGCCGCCAGGCCCGUGGGCUCAGCAGGAGAAAGCAAUGAAGAGCUCAAGUCCUACCGUGGAGAGACAAGUCCCAUCUGCAUCCUCCAACACUCCCCCAACCCAACGAUACACAAUCCCACUGAAGGGUCCAGCUUCCUCUGGAUUUCAGAGAUCUGGCUCUCUACGAAAGGAAAAGACAGAAGACCGGAUCAGUACCAACUUUUCCUCCCGCUCUUCAUCAUCUGCAUCUGUAAGGCCCUUUAGCAGUGUGGGCCGGAGAUCCAAAAUAACUCAGGAAUUUAAUGCUGAAUUGCUCAGACAACAGAAGACACCUUCUGGUUUAGAGAAAAACACGAGUCCCCCCCCAAAAGCAGCCCAAAAAGACACAGUGGUGUAUUCCCAAUCUGAACAUAGUCCUAUUAGCCCUCCUCAAUCUGAUGGUCAUCACCAGCCUCAGACUUCCUCUCCUGCCCAUCAGCCUCUAGAGGCUCCUGUCACGCCUCAGACACCUCAGAGUGUGGACGUCAAGAGCCCCAGAAAUGAAGAGGAGGACAGUCUGAGUGACGCAGGAACUUACACUAUUGAAGCUGAUGUUCAAGAUAAGGAGCUGGAAGAAGCACGGAGCAAAAUUGACCAGGUCUUUGGUGUUCUUGACAACCCAGAACGAACGUACCUGAGUGAAGCAGAAACAUCAUCAGCAAUUAGUCCUGUUGUUGUUGAGGGCAGUGAGGGGAAUAGACAGAGUAGCUGUGGGAAACAGGGCCAUAGUCUGGUUCAGUCAGAAGUUCCAGCGUUACAAGGGGCUCCCAAGUAUAUGUCUUGUUGGGCCAGCCUGGCCGACACCUACACAGAGUCUGGCUCUGGGCUCUUUGAUAAACCUUCCCAGAUGGAGCUGUUAGGCGGGGCACGAGGUACCACGAUCUAUAAGGCCACACUCGCCAGACGCAACGAGAGCUUAGAUGGUGACGGUUCAAAGUCUCAACGCAUCACGCCGCAGGAAGACGGGAGCAACAAUCCAACGCCCAGUAUUCAUGUUCAUUAUAACCCCAAUGCAACAUUUGAUAUGGAAGACAGUAGCUCUACAGCACCCAGGUCUCAAGACGGUGUUUACAGAUUGACGGUGCAGGAUGAUGUCGAGCCUGACAGUCUGAGUGACGCCAGCAAAUCUGAUGAUGCAUCCAUCAUAGAGCAAAUCAGUAGACGGCCGUCAAAUGCAGAGGAGGAGCAGAACGAAGACAAGCCCAGACUCACUGUCAAGUCUACGUCUUUCUAUAUUGGCUCAGAGGAGGAAUCGAAACCACAACAUGGAAGUUUAAGACCCAACACACCUAAACUUGAGAGAAAACGUGUCAAUAGAACUUUCUCAACAACCACUCUUACUAAACAAAAAGGUGUUCAACACUCUGGAAAAGUGAAGCCCACUGCCUCGGCCCCUGUACUGGCCCUCAAGACCCAGAGUUCAGAGGGUAGCGAGGCUGCUGUGCCCUUAAUCAGACAGGAGAGCUUCACCAAGGACAAGCCUAGUAAUGCAAAACUCCCGCACAUUUCAAGUCAGCCUAAUCUGAGAGACUCUGGAUUAUCCCAGGGAGGCAGCAGUCAGGACACGCACUCUUACCUCAAGCAGACAGAGGAUGUUCUGGCUGUUCUUGAGGCCAAACUUCAAGAAGGACAAUCAGAAACCACUCCCUCUCCUGUUAUGGACUCUCUUUCUGGAGACUCUGAUGUGGACACCUCCAGCACAGUCAGCCAGAACAGCAAUAAGACAAAGCCCAACAUGCUGAUGAAAAACACAAAUUACAGUGGCAUCCAAAGAGAGAGGUCUUCAGCUAGUAUGGCUAGUCAGGACCCGAAUCAGCAACCUGAAAAAAAGGCUGAGCCCGUCAAGAGACAUGCUGGACUGAGACGUAGUGUGGGACGGUGUGGUUCCACAGACCUCAGCGAUGACCCUCAGAGCUUACCGUACUCUGAUCAGGAGUCCAGUAACUACCAUACACGCAGAAAGUACACAAUGCCACUUCAGAAGGAAGAAGGCAAGACCUCAAGAACAUCUCAGGCCUUAAGUCGGGCCAACAGUUUGUCAGCCCCGAGACCCACCAGGGCCUCCAUGCUUCGCCGGGCUCGCCUGGGAGAGGCCUCGGACAAUGAAGGGACGGAGACCGACAGACCGUCCCAGGAUGUAGUCGGUACCCAUGCGAAGCAGCCCAGUGAAGCCAAGAAACUCUCCAGACUCGACAUGCUGGCCAUGCCUCGCAAGCGGGCCGGCUCCUUCAACACACCCAGCGACAGUGAGGCCUCUUCCACCCCUCAGUGGACGGGAAAGAGCACAGGAUUCUCCAACCGCAGCACUGAAUUGGGCGGGAGCUCUGGUCAAAGGAUUUCUACUGCAGGAACGAAGCCUACAGACCGGCCGCAGAAGGCACCUCUCGGCAAAACCACGGUUACCCGCGGACGCUCGGGUAGCGCCAAAUAUGCCGGUAGCACAGCAAGCUCUAGGAGGCGAUAUAAAGGCUCUGACUAUACUUCUACUUCAGAUGAGGAGUAUGACUCAAACCGGAGCAAUCUUAAACACAAACGAUCGCAACCUUCCUCAGCUUCUCAUAGUCAGGAUCGGUCCCAGCCCGUGGUCGCCCGGCAUCCAACGCCCCGGAGCAGGGAUUCUGAAGAGGAGAAUCAUGAGGGAGAGACCUUCCACAGCUGGUCCUCCCACAGUGCUGAGAUUGCACGGUUGAGCCAAGAUCUGGCUAAAGACUUGGCCAUCUUAGCCAGAGAGAUCCAUGAUGUUGCCGGUGACGGUGAUCCGAAAACGCAGGAAGUGGAGCUGAGUGCAGCUGCUUCCACAGCAACUGGCCACAAACAGUUGGCUCCACAUUCAUCAGAGGCCGCAUUAAACCAGCCAAACGUUGUGCCAAGAAGGGAGCCUGGGCAGAGUUCAAGCAACCAUGAGCAGAACUCAAGGGAGCAAGCUCAAAGCAGAGAUGAGGCCACCGUGGACAGUUUGACGCUGAAACCUGUGUACCAGGUCAUAAACGCCAUCAGUGAAAACACAGAGCAACUUGGUGAUAAAAUUAAGGUACUGUUCCAGGACAAGAUGGAUAUCUGGGAAGAAACUGAGACCAAGAUUAAUUCUGAAAGAGAUUUUCCAAUUGUAAAAGCUUCCAACAAGGAAAUUGCUCGUAUUUUGAAAGAACUUCAGCGUGUCCAGAGACAACUUGAGGUCAUUAACACAGUUAUAGAACCCAGAGGUACACCCACCUCCUCCUCCUCCUCCUCUGGAGUUCAAUCUUCAAAACAUCCUUCAUCACGCGACUGGAGAACUGUCCACUCUGUCUCCAGACGUGGUGGCGGCCCGAGGCCCAGUGAGAGCGUCAGGAGAGCUGCUGUCACUCCCGACGAUCUCAGAAAAGGCUAUUUAGUCUGAGAUGACAUCUCAAGAUGUAAAAAUUGCACAAAGGCUGAACUUCUGCUACAAUCCUGCGAACCACGGUGCCAGGCAGGUGCACAAGUGCAAACAAGCCGAAGAGGAAGUGAGACUGGGUUCACAGUUGUGGCCACCUGUGCAUCCAAACACACACUACUGCACUGUGAACACUACACACAAAUAGUGGUGAAACACUCUGUUCACCAUGACAACUCAAUGAAUCUAACCUUUAAAGGGCUACGAAUAAAUACUUGAUUCUGUGUUUUACAGACAGUCUUUGUGAUUUGCCAACGAUAAUGACCAACAUAGCCAGAUGUAUAUAUCCUUUUUGCUGCUCCUUGUAAUUAUGUGUUUUUUUGAGAAUCAUCCUGAGCAUAAUUAUCUCAGGGAAAUCCAAUAAUACUUCAAAAUCAUGUUUAAGAUGCAAAUCACACUUUGUAAGUAAAAGUUUUGAGUUAAGAGUUGCAGUUAAAAGCUUGCAGAUGAUGUAGGCCGUGUACUUGUAUCCUCCGUUACCACAUGGUGAUAUGUAUAUUUUUUUCUUGUGUUUUGUGUGUUUCUCCUUGUGAACCAGAUUUGCACAAGAAUGUAAAAAACUAUUUAUUGGAUGCAUUUUGUAACAGCUACAGUGGGAUAUUGGGAGAGACUUGGGAGCCUCUUGUGCCAGACCGGAUAUUAUAUUACAGUACAUGGUGGGUUCAAGGAAAUGUGGGGUGUUUGCUUUGGUAACGUCUAUCUGGAGAGGAACAGCAGGUAUUUGGUCCAGCUGGAGAUGAAAAGGAGGUUGUUACUCUGUAACCACCUGGCAACUUGUGUGGCUAGAGGACAUAGCAAGGAUGUUUAGAAGCAUUCCUUCUUUAGUCUGCCAAACAUAAUUGGAGCUUUGAAGCUUUUUGGUUUUCCAUACCCGAAGAUGACGGCAAACCCAGAGGUUUUGGCCAAAGACGAUGAUGAAAAGUUUUCAUUUGAAACUUUUUUUCCUUUUUUUUGUUUUUUGGGUUAAUUACAUACAUACUAAGGGCUAUUGGGUAAGAAAUUGUAUUUUCCUCAGUUUUUCCAAGUCCGGAGUCCUGAGAAUUAAUGUAAUUUCAGCACUUAUGUUGAAAAAAUUCAAUGAAAAUAUAACUCCCGAUUCUGUUUAAUUUAUAAACGUCUGGAGAUAUGUACACGUCCCAUACAUUACCUCUCAAUCUUGCAAUUUGCACUAAUGUUGUACGGUUUUGUCCCUUAAACCUGAUAUGCUGCAAACUGAAAGCUAUUUGUCUCCUGUGAAAGAUUGUGUGAUAGUGAUAAAGCAGUGGGAAAGGGCAGCCAGCAAGUUUAUAUUUCCUCAUCCUACUGCUGAUUAAACGCAAGGUUAUAACUGGGAAGUACCUAAAAGUGCCACAUUGUUGUGUGGGGGGUUGGCGAGCCAAGUACAGUGUUUAUAAAUCCAAGCUGAACUUAAAUGUUUCUGUAUGUAUUGCUGCUACUCUGUUGCAUUAUUACUGCAGUCAGAAAAAGUCAGAUUUCCAGUUUGAAUCUUAUGUUAUAUUUGUCCUUUUAUAUGUUUUCUUUUCCUGUUUUGAUAGUCAUUUUCUGUGUUGUCUUCCUUCCACCAAGAGAUGAUUCGGUUCAUUUGUUGGCAGUUAUUUAUAUUUGGAUGUUUGUAACCGGAUAAUGGAUUUUUCUUUCAAAUAAAUUUGAUCAGCAAGCCUU